AGUUGGAGGAGGCGAGAAAAUACGUAAAAGGAACAACAAACCUGGAGAAGGCAGACAGAAGAAGGCACAGGAAGCUUACGGCGGGAAAAAGAAGAGCAUGAAGAAGAAGAAAAAACCUAAGAAAGCAAAAUAAAAUCUAUAAAAAGCAAUCUCUCACACCGACCCUCUCUCACAGUGCUAUUCAUUUUUCAAAGGGCCGAAACCGAAAGGACUGAUUCACCCUAUCUCCGCUUCUCCUGCUCAUCAUCCUCAUCUCACCCUCUCAGGGGAAUAAAAGAGCUUACUGGAAGUGACCCUCAGUUCUUCUGUGCUCCGCUCAUGCUCUCUGUAGCAUUGCUGCUUUGAAGAAUAGAUGGAAAGCGGUACUAAUCGCAGUAGCAUUGAGAGUUCUAACAGUCAUAAGGGUUCUUCAUGGUUCAGUCAAUUCCGAAAUGCAUCCAAUCCUUGGAUGGCAAGAUAUGCCUAUGCCUUGAUCUUUCUAGUCGCUAAUCUGCUAGCAUGGGCAGCCCGUGAUUUUGGUCAUGGUGCUUUAAUCGAAAUGAAGAGAUUGGAAGGAUGCGAUGGUGGGAAAGACUGCUUGGGUGCGGAAGGCGUUCUGCGGGUGAGCUUAGGUUGCUUUAUAUUUUAUAUCAUAAUGUUUUUGUCAACUGCUGGUACUUCUAAACUGAAUGAAACCAGAGACAAAUGGCACUCCGGGUGGUGGUCAGUCAAGAGCGUUCUCUGGGCUGGAAUGACAAUCAUCCCAUUUUUGCUUCCUUCUGGCCUGAUUCAGCUAUAUGGGGUGAUUGCGCAUUUUGGUGCCGGGGUUUUCCUCCUUAUUCAAAUCGUAAGCAUAAUCAGCUUCAUUACGUGGCUGAAUGAUUGUUGCACAUCUGAAAAAUAUCAGGAAAGAUGCCAAAUCCAUAUGAUGUUAUUUGCUACCAUUGCUUAUGUUAUUUGCUUGGUGGGGAUCAUUUUAAUGUUCAUUUGGUACACACCGCAACCAUCUUGCCUCCUCAACAUUUUCUUCAUUACUUGGACCUUAGUACUUCUUCAACUCAUGACAAGUGUGUCUCUGCACCCAAAAGUGAAUGCUUGCAUUCUAACUCCAGGGCUGAUGGGUCUUUAUGUUGUGUUCCUAUGCUGGUGCGCGAUUAGAAGUGAACCCGCAGGAGAUAGCUGCAUCAGGAAGUCAGACUCUGCACCCAAAACUGACUGGCUUAGCAUCAUCAGCUUUGUCGUUGCAAUACUGGCAAUCGUUGUUGCGACGUUUUCAACAGGCAUAGAUUCUAAAUGCUUUCAGUUCAGGAAAGACGAUACAGAUACGCCAGCAGAAGAUGAUGUUCCGUAUGAUGUUCCGUAUGGUUAUGGGUUCUUCCAUUUUGUUUUUGCCACCGGAGCAAUGUACUUUGCAAUGCUUUUGAUUGGCUGGAAUAGUCACCAUGUUAUGAGAAAGUGGACAAUUGAUGUGGGCUGGACCAGCACAUGGGUUAGAAUAGUUAAUGAAUGGCUGGCAGUUUGUGUUUACUCAUGGAUGCUGAUCGCUCCGGUCAUAAGGAAGAGCAGGCAUAAUGAUUCUACAUAAGAACUUCCAAAAUUUCUUAAUUAUCUCCAAGAUUUUAUUAUUGGCGGAGGGCUUUGGUCUCCAGAUGUCCCGUGUAUCAUCUGCGGCACAUGCAGUGAACUCCUCCAAUCCUGCAUGAUAGAGAACGAAACAGUAACACACAGGAAAAUCUCUGGCAGAAGGCAUGGUUCUGACACCUAUGCACAGCACAUAGAACGAUUGUAUUUUUUUUUUUUUUAACACGAAAAUACUUAGCCCCCUCCCUCCAUAGAAAGGAUCAAAAGAUAUCCUGCUCUGCAGACAAAUGCUUCUCCUGUGCGGCUGGGCGUGUACCUCUGAGGGAGAGUCAUGUAAAAUCAUUUUUUUUAAUGUAAUGUAAAAUCAUUUGAAGGAUGAUAAUUAGAAAUUCAGAAUGUUCGAUCAGAAUAAUAGAUAUAAUGUGUGAUUUUUUUUUCCUUUGAA